AUGGAUCUGAGCCUGCAACCCCCGACCCGAGUCUGCGUGCUCAUGACUGCUUUUCAGCAGCUAGCCAUCGCUGCGGGGGUUCAGCACCGGGCCACGCUCUCCCCUCAGAUCAGGUACUCUGCUAACGGCACGGACCCAGGGAUCCAGGGGAACCCUGCUGGUUUUGCAGAUGCGGCGUGCUUCUCCGUGACACUUCACCAGGGGGUCAUACAUGGAGGGCAGGGGCUUCGGGACCAGGAAAGGGACAGGCUCCUUCAAACGCGCCUCCAUCAAGAGAACCGUUUCCGGGUCGCAGAAGGUAGGCUGAGCGUGCUGGGGCUGAGCGCGCUGGGGCUGAGCGUGCUGGGGCUGAGCGUGCUGGGGCUGAGCGCGCUGGGGCUGAGCGUGCUGGGGCUGAGCGUGCUGGGGCUGAGCGUGCUGGGGCUGAGCGCGCUGGGGCUGAGCGUGCUGGGGCUGAGCGUGCUGGGGCUGAGCGUGCUGGGGCUGAGCGUGCUGGGGCUGAGCGUGCAGGGGCUGAGCAUGCUCGUGCUGGGGCUGAGCGUGCUGGGGCUGAGCGUGCUGGGGCUGAGCGCGCUGGGGCUGAGCGUGCUGGGGCUGAGCGUGCUGGGGCUGAGCGUGCUGGGGCUGAGCGUGCUGGGGCUGAGCGCGCUGGGGCUGAGCGUGCUGGGGCUGAGCGCGCUGUGGCUGAGCGUGCUGGGGCUGAGCGCGCUGGGGCUGAGCGUGCUGGGGCUGAGCGUGCUGGGGCUGAGCGCGCUGGGGCUGAGCGCGCUGGGGCUGCGCUGGGGCUGCGCUGGAGGAAGCGCUGGGGCCGGGCUGCGGUCGCAGCAUGGGGGGCUGGGGGGCUUGUCUGGGCUCUUUGGACCUAGAUCAUCUUCAGGGAGUCUUUCACAGCAUCCACAGCUUCAUUGCGCUGGGCGGACUGGAGGAGAGCAGGAGGGAGAGGGGCGUCCCCAGGACCGGCCUCGGAGAGAGCCUUUUUCAGCUCCCACCUGCCUGCCUGCUUCUUCAGGUGCUCUCCAGGCCCAGAAAGCCUGGAUAGAGAAAACCUUUCAGAAAAGAGAAUGUAUUCAGAUAAUACCCAGCAAAGAACCAAACAAGUGCAGCUGUGGGCAGAUAGUGACCCAGCACCCUGCCAUACCCUCCGCUGCCACCAUAAACAAGGGAGCGGAGGAAAACGCCCAGAUUGUGCCGCUGGACGUCCCGCAGGAGAGAUGGUCGGUUCUCAAGCACACAAGGGCCUCUCCGACCGACGCCUACGGUAUCAUCGAGUUUGGGGGCGGAGGCCACGUCAACAAAGCCAUGUACAUCAGGGUGACGUAUGACUCCAAGCCAGACAACCUGCUGCACCUGAUGGUGAAGGAGUGGCAGCUGGAGCUGCCCACACUGCUCAUAUCCGUCCACGGUGGCCUGCAGAACUUCGACAUGCAGCCCAAGCUCAAGCAGGUGUUCGGGAAGGGCCUGAUCAAGGCCGCCGUCACCACAGGGGCCUGGAUCUUCACCGGGGGAGUCAGUAACGGGGUUGUCCGUCAUGUUGGAGAUGCCUUGAAAGACCACUCCUCUAAGUCCCGAGGGAAGGUCUGUGCCAUAGGAAUUGCACCAUGGGGAAUUGUGGAGAACAAAGAGGACCUCAUUGGUAGAGAUGUAACGAAGCCCUACCAGACCAUGUCCAACCCCCUGAGCAAGCUGUCAGUGCUGAACAGCAGUCACUCUCACUUCAUCCUGUCUGACAACGGAACUUGUGGGAAGUACGGCGCCGAGGUCAAACUGCGCCGACAGCUGGAGAAGCAUAUCUCCCUGCAGAAGAUCAACACCCGCCUGGGUCAGGGCGUCCCAGUGGUGUGUCUGAUAGUGGAGGGGGGCCCCAAUGUAAUCUCCAUCGUGCUGGAGAGCCUCCGGGAGCAGCCUCCCGUCCCGGUGGUGGUCUGCGAUGGGAGCGGCCGCGCCUCCGACAUCGUCUCCUUCGCACACAAAUACUCGGAGGAAGGCGGGCUGGUGACUGAAAGCGUGAAAGAUCAGCUCCUGGUCACCAUUCAGAAGACAUUCAACUACAGCCGAAACCAGGCCCAGCAGGUCUUCCUGAUGGUCAUGGAAUGCAUGAAGAAGAGAGAACUUAUAACAGUGUUUCGCAUGGGGUCUGAAGGACAGCAGGACAUUGAGAUGGCCAUACUGACGGCUCUGCUUAAAGGCACCAACGCCUCGGCGCCUGACCAGCUGAGCCUGGCGCUGGCCUGGAACAGGGUGGACAUCGCCCGCAGCCAGAUCUUUGUCUACGGGCUCCACUGGCCUCCCGCAGGCAGCCUGUCCUCUGCCAUUUCCACCAAGGAGAAGCCCAAAAGCCCAACCAAUGCCUCCCGGAACAAGGCCAAGACCCGGGGCAAGAAGGGGAGGGGAGCGAAAGCCAAGCCUGAGCCACCGGAAGAGACUGACCCCAGGAAGCUGGAGCUAAUGAACUGGGUGAACUCCUUGGAGCAGGCCAUGAUGGACGCGCUGGUGCUAGACAGGGUGGACUUCGUCAAGCUGCUGAUCGAAAACGGAGUGAAUAUCCACCACUUUCUCACCAUCCCCCGACUCGAGGAGCUGUACAACACGAGGCUGGGGCCGACUAACACCUUACAUUUCGUAGUCAGAGACGUCAAGAAGGGAAACCUCCCCCCCGAUUAUCAAAUCACCCUGAUCGACAUUGGGCUGGUGCUGGAGUUCCUUAUGGGCGGGGCUUAUCGCUGCAAAUACACAAGGAAGAGCUUCCGCGCACUCUACAAUUACCUGUAUGGCCUGAAACGGCCAAAGGCUCUCAAACUCUUGGGAAUGGAGGAUGACGAGCCACGCCCGAAGGGCAAGAAGAAGAUGAAGAAGAAGAAGGAGGAGGAGAUCGACGUGGACGUGGACGACCCCGAGGUCAGCCGGUUCCAGUACCCUUUCCACGAGCUGAUGGUGUGGGCGGUGCUGAUGAAGCGCCAGAAGAUGGCGCUCUUCCUGUGGCAGAGGGGGGAGGAGGCCAUGGCCAAGGCCCUGGUGGCCUGCAAGCUGUACAAAGCCAUGGCUCACGAGUCCUCUGAGAGCGAGCUGGUGGACGACAUCUCCCAGGACCUGGACAACAACUCCAAGGAGUUUGGGCAGCUGGCUUAUGAGCUACUGGACCAGUCCUAUAAGCACGACGAGCAGGUGGCCAUGAAGCUGCUGACGUACGAGCUGACGAACUGGAGCAACUCCACCUGCCUAAAGCUCGCCGUAGCUGCCAAACACCGCGACUUCAUCGCCCACACCUGCAGCCAGAUGCUGCUCACCGACAUGUGGAUGGGCUGCCUGAGAGUGGGCAAGAGCCCGGGCCUCAAGGUGAUUCUUGGCAUCAUUUUCCCGCCCUCGAUUCUGCUCUUGGAUUUCCGGAUCGGAGAGGACAUGUCAUACCAAGGUUCUGCUGAAAACGAAGCAGGAAAAGAAAAGGAGGACGACACCAAAUCCAGCAAGGAUGGUGCUGCUGACACCGUGUCCAGGAAAGGUGAUGAAGAGGAAGGUAGCAACAUUAGGAAAAUUCCCAUCGGGAUGAAGAUAUAUGAAUUCUAUAACGCGCCUUUCACCAAGUUCUGGUUCAACACUAUUUCAUACCUCAUGUACCUGAUGAUGUACAACUAUGUCAUUCUGGUCAAGAUGGAGCGCUGGCCCACCCUCCAAGAGUGGACAGUCAUCUCCUACAUCUUCACCCUGGGGCUGGAGAAAGUCAGACAGAUCCUGAUGUCGGAGCCAGGAAAGCUGAGGCAGAAGAUAAAUGUGUGGCUGCAGGAGUACUGGAACAUCACUGACCUGGUGGCCAUCUCCACCUUCAUGAUGGGCUUCCUGCUCCGCUUGCAGAGCGAGCCGUACAUGGGUUAUGGCCGUGUCAUCUACUGCGUCGACAUCAUCUUCUGGUACAUCCGCGUGCUCGAUAUCUUCGGAGUCAACAAGUACCUGGGCCCCUAUGUCAUGAUGAUUGGGAAAAUGAUGAUCGACAUGUUGUACUUUGUGGUGAUCAUGCUGGUGGUGCUGAUGAGCUUCGGCGUGGCCCGGCAAGCCAUUCUACACCCCGACGAAGAGCCAACAUGGCGCCUGGCACGGAACAUCUUCUACAUGCCCUACUGGAUGAUCUAUGGAGAGGUGUUUGCGGAUUCCAUAGACCUCUACGCAAUGGAGAUCAACCCUCCUUGUGGGGACAAUUUGUAUGAUGAAGAUGGGAAGAAGCUGCCUCCCUGCAUUCCUGGGGCCUGGCUCACCCCUGCCAUCAUGGCCUGCUACUUACUGGUCGCAAACAUCCUUCUAGUAAAUUUACUCAUCGCCGUGUUCAACAACACCUUCUUCGAAGUCAAAUCCAUUUCCAACCAAGUGUGGAAAUUCCAGCGAUACCAGCUUAUCAUGACGUUCCACGACCGCCCGGUCCUCCCGCCACCGUUCAUCAUUUUCAGCCACAUGUACAUCCUUUUCAAACGCAUCUGGUGGCGCUGCAAAAAACGGGAUGGGGACCCAGACGAGCGUGAUCGCGGAUUGAAACUCAGAUUGACGGCAGAGGAGCUAAAGAGUUUGUAUGAGUUUGAAGAGCAGUGUUUGGAGGAAUAUUUUCGCGAAAAGGAAGAUGAGCAGCAGUCCUCCAAUGACGAACGUAUUCGGGUUACGUCUGAAAGGGUGGAGAAUAUGUCAAUGCGUCUGGAGGAGGUGAACGAGAGGGAGCACUCCAUGAAAGCAUCCCUGCAGACGGUGGACCUGAGGCUGAUGCAGCUGGAGGAGUUCUCCGGUCGGAUGAUGAAUGCGCUGGAGAAGCUUGCGGGGGUGGACCAGACGGACCUGUGCCGGACACGCUCUGGGGCGUCAUCUUGCGAGCACACCACCCUACAGCGGCACAGCAGCAUCAACAGCGCUGACGGUUACAGCCUCUACCGCUACCACCUGGACCUGGAUGACCGGACGGGAGAAGACGAGGACAAGAAGAUCCAACUGACCUCGGAGCGAAAGAGCAGCUUCCGCCGCGCCCCCAGCGAGUACGGACAGACCUUGGACGUGGUUGCCCCUGGAGAAAGGAGAGUCCCCAGCUCUCCUUGUGUGGACAUCCUGAUCUCCCCGUGUGAUCAGGACACAGGCAAGAACGGGGACGACCCGAAUGCUCAGGCAUCAAAACCAGAAGAGGCUGCCUCGCCGAAGGGCCAAGAUGCACUUGACACGGUGCUCGCAGUCAGAGGCGGGGCCUUGGAAAAAGCCAAGCUGCAGGCUGCCAUCUCGUACCCACUAGAGAAGUCAAAGGCUCUGAAGCACUACCCCUCUGAGGCUGCUGGCGCAGACCUGUCUUCGGCAGGCGUCGGGGCCAAGAGUGCCAUCGUCUUCACGCCGGCCGAGGGUACGGAUGAGGGCUGUUGGGCCAAAGACUACAGUGCCCUAAUGGAGCAUGCGGCCAAGGCUCCAGCUGUGGGCCAGUGGACAGCGUGUUUCGAAUACAAAGUCCACCCCGCCCUCUUCGGCCACCAGCCAAAAGUGUCUGUGGUGAGGCCUCCGGAAGAGCCUCCCGCCACAACCAAGACUAAAGAGCCAGCAGAGCCGAACACAGAGGGCCAGGGGAACGCGGAGGAAGGCACAGAGAAGAGAAGAGAAAUUGAAGACCAGGCCAAGGACAGGAAGAGCCAGCUAGCUCCAGAGCGGCAAGGUAGUACACGCCAGGGAAGAACAGACGGGGAAGUGAAAGUGAACAUCAGAGCAGAGCACCGGGGGAGAACAAUGAGUGAAGACAAAGGCAAAGAGCCGGUGACGUGGAGGAUAGACCCUGACCACCUGUUUGUGGCCGAGGACAGGAUUUACCCGUCUAUGAGGUCUAAAAGUUUGAAUGUCAACCCCCGCAAGCUCAAAGCACAGGGGGACAGCGUGGAGAAGCCUAAAGCCAGCAGCAGCGUGAGGGACAUCAUGGCGGCGUACGAGAUCUCGACAAAUCAGCUUAAGGUGGAGAAAAAGGCGAGUCCUGACACGAGGACCACAGAUGAAACAGACUGCUGACAAAGGCCUCCAAACCCUUUAGGUGGCCAAGAGUGAAGCCAUGAGUCUCCACUGUACAUUGAAAGAGAAACUGAUAGUCAUUUUAUUUGCCCCUCCCAAAAUAUCAGUGGUGUUCCUAGUAAUUGGUACCUCAAAGGUAGAGAGGACAUGAAAGUGUCUUUCAUAUAUGAUCAGUAGUUCAAAAUUCCAAAAUGAAAUUUGAUCCUCCCCCAUCCCCUCCAAGACAAAGAAGUAAAUUCUCUUUAAGCAACAAUUGUUUAACAUAAGGUGAACAAGCAAAACUCAGGCAUUAAAAUGUGUAUUUGGGCUGAUGGGUGAAGUGGAGGGGGAGGGAAGUAUGGAAUACUGAAAACAUAAAAUUGUUGAAUCCAUCUAAUGUUUAAAAAACAAUCACAGUUUUUCAUAAUUAAUCCCAAAACGGAUUACUCAAAAUGCCCUGAUUGUGUGCAGAUCUCCAUUUUACUAUGUAUAAUACUAUGUGUUAAACAACCAAAAACACUGAUUUGUUCAAUAUUAACACUAGUCUGUUCAUUUACAGCCUUUCUAAUUGUGUCCACCUACAAUAGAGACCACUGGGAAAGCAAUGUCUAAAGCAGGUAAACUUUUAAAGUUGUGCUCUUAGCACAAUUGGCAACCAGUUGGUGAAGUAAAAAGGGGAAGGACUUCUGUAGCAAAAAUAAUUUCAUUGGAAAAUAAAUGU